AUGGACAAGAGUUCAUGUGUAUUUUCUCCAAACAGAAGGUUGGAGGGAAAGGUAGCUAUUAUCACCGGUGGUGCAAGUGGUAUCGGAGCGACUACGGUCCGAGUCUUCAUCGAGAACGGCGCAAAAGUCGUCAUCGCGGAUAUUCAAGAUCCCGAGGGUGAAGAAAUCGCAACCAAUCUAGGCGAAAACGCCCAUUACGUUCAUUGCGAUGUCUCGAAAGAGGACGACGUAAAAAAUUUAAUCGACGUUACGAUUUCAAAAUUUGGUCAUCUCGACAUAAUGUACAAUAACGCUGGCAUUUACGAUACGAAGAUAAAAACCAUCAUGGACACGGAAAUCGAUGACCUAGAGCGUAAAAUCGCGGUAAAUUUAAUCGGAUCUUUUUUAGGCGCAAAAUAUGCAGCGAAAACAAUGGUACCACGUAAAAAAGGGUGCAUUUUGUUUACAACAAGUUGUUGUACACAAGUGGCUGGAAUUGGAUCACACACUUAUGUUGCAUCAAAAUAUGGAAUUGUAGGUAUGUGCAAAAAUUUGGCUGUUGAAUUAGGGUUACAUGGUAUAAGAGUUAAUUGUAUUUCACCUUUUGCUAUAUUAUCAAAUACUAAACUUAAUAAUGAAAUUGGAGAAAUGUAUGAAGGAAUGAUGGGUGUUAUAGGGAAUUUAAAAGGGGUUAAUCAUGGCAAAGAAGAUGUAGCAAAUGCUGCUGUUUUUCUUGCUAGUGAUGAAGCAAAAUAUUUAAGUGGACAAAAUCUUCACUCAAAGAAGAAUUCCAUGGCCUCCAUUGCUAAAAGGCUAGAGGGUAAAAUUGCUAUCGUAACAGGAGGUGCUAGCGGAAUUGGUGAAGCUACAACAAGACUUUUCAUCAAACAUGGUGCAAAAGUCGUAAUUGCAGAUAUUCAAGACGAUCUUGGUCAAUCCAUCAUUAAAGAAAUAGGCGAAAAUGAAGCCAUCUCCUACGUGCAUUGUGAUGUUAAAGUGGAAAAAGAUGUCGAAAAUGUAGUGGACAUGACGGUCUCUAAGUACGGUAAACUUGACAUAAUGUUCAGCAAUGCAGGAAUUUCUGAAGAACUCGGUUCCACAAUCUCAAAAAUCGACUAUGAAAUUUUCAAAAACGUAUUCGAUGUGAACGUCUUUGGGGCAUUAAUGUGCGCCAACCAUGCUCGUGUGAUGAUUCCGUCCAAAAAAGGUAGCAUUAUAUUCACAUCGAGUAUGGGGUCCGUUACGUGUACCGGUGCGGUGCACACGUAUUUGGCAUCGAAACAUGCCGUGGUAGGUCUAGCCAAGAACUUAGGUGUUGAAUUAGGGAAACAUGGAAUUAGGGUUAAUUGUGUUUCUCCAUUUUGUGUGCCAACUCCAAUGUUAAAGAAUGGUCUUGGAAUUGAUGAAAAGGAAAAGAUUGAGGAAAUAUUUGUGUGUGAAAUUGCAAAUCUUAAAGAGACAAUAUUGGACGUUGAGGAUGUUGCACAAGCAACAUUGUAUCUUGCUAGUGAUGAUGAAUCAAAGUAUAUAAGUGGGAUGAAUAUUGUGAUUGAUGGUGGAUUUAGUACUACAAAUGUUGCUCUUAGACAAGGCAUUACCAUGUUCCGUUCUUAA